UGCCAAUCUAACCACAUCAUAGUCAGAAGAUCAGCAUUCAAACAGGCUACCCUCUUCUAGGAGAUGCUGAUCCUUUAUCAUUUUGUGGUGGAAGGCAGGGUUUCUUUGCUUGCAACAAUAUCCUGGCUUGGGUGUGACUUUGCCAGCAGCUGGUCCAAGCUUUGGAGACAGACUUGACAAACAAACUGCGCAAUUGGUAAGACUAUUUGGUGCCACCAAAGAAGAAUCAGAAAAGUUUAAAUCAAUGAACAGCAAACUGACACAUGUUGACAAUAAAAGAAAAGUCAUCCAUUACAUGUUGGAAUAUGCUUGUGGUUUGCAGCUCGCUCUCAGCUGUAAUAUCUCAUGCAACAAUUGCUAGGAGCAAGCUGUGAAUCAAUACAGUUAGGCAGUGAUAGGUUAUAGUAGUGAACAAGCUAUUUGUAGCUGUGGCAUGGCCUACGGCGGCCAGCUAGAUAGCUGUGUAGAAUAUAGUUGUGGUGGCACAAUGCCAAAGGAAACACGUCAAGAACAUUCUUAAUAAUACGGUAUUUCGAAUAUUGCUUUUACGUUUUGCUUAUUUGACGUUUUGUACAGGCUCGUUCGGUGGUACUCCUCUAGUACCAGUACCUCGAUGGAAAGUUAGCCUGUACGGUAUGGAAGUCGAUUGGUCGAGCUGGUCGGCUGGGCUUCGAGCAGCCACCGCAUGGCUCCCGAUGCGUCCAUCUCGUGUGUCGACUUACUUGUUGCUGUUGUUUUGUAUGAAACAGCAUUGUUAUCCUAUUGUUGACACCAGGUGAACUGUACUGAUCGAAGAGAUAGAAAGAGCACAUUUAGUGUACAAUGAGCAACUCUCGUCGCGUGUCGUACUUUUACGAUGCCGAGAUUGGCAAUUAUCAUUAUGGUCAAGGCCACCCCAUGAAACCGCACCGUGUCCGCAUGACGCACAAUUUGGUGGUGAAUUACGGUCUCUACCGCAAGAUGGAAGUGUUUCGGCCUCGACUGUGCAGUCCGACCGCCAUGACAAGGUUUCAUUCGGACGAUUACAUUAAUUUCUUACGGGUCAUUACGCCCGACAACAUGCAAGAGUACAUUCGACAACUCCAGCGAUUCAAUGUGGGAGAAGAUUGUCCCGUCUUUGAUGGGCUGUUUGAAUUUUGUCAACUCUAUACUAGUGGCUCAAUUGGUGGUGCCGCCCGAUUGAAUGAAAACCGCGCCGAUAUUGUUAUUAAUUGGGCUGGUGGAUUGCAUCAUGCCAAAAAAGCCGAAGCAAGUGGAUUCUGUUAUGUCAACGAUUGUGUCUUGGCCAUUUUGGAAUUGCUCAAACGCCACGAACGUGUUCUCUACAUUGACAUUGACAUUCAUCACGGCGACGGAGUCGAAGAAGCCUUUUAUGCCACCAACAGGGUCAUGACGGUUUCUUUUCACAAAUUCGGAGAAUACUUUCCCGGAACUGGCGAUGUCUUGGAUAUUGGAUAUGCCGACGGCAAGAAUUACGCCAUUAACUUUCCACUCAAUGAUGGAAUGGAUGAUGCCGCCUAUGAAUCCAUUUUUCGACCUGUGAUUGGUAAAGUCAUGGAGCUAUUUGCACCCGGGGCCGUCGUACUGCAGUGUGGAGCCGACUCGCUCAGUGGAGAUCGAUUGGGGUGUUUCAAUCUAUCCAUCAAGGGACAUGCCGAUUGUGUUGAAUUUGUUCGUACAUUCAACAUUCCCAUGCUGGUAUUGGGAGGAGGAGGAUACACUCUCCGUAACGUCCCACGAUGUUGGACGUACGAAACAUCCGUAUUGACGGGAGAAGAUGUCAAGGAUGAAUUGCCCUUUAACGACUACUUUGAGUACUUUGGACCCGAUUAUCGAUUGCAUUUGCCGGUCAGCAAUUUGGAAAAUUUGAAUUCGAGUGAAUAUCUCGAACGCACCAAAUUGCAACUGCUCAACAUUCUCAAAGAAGUUGAACCCGUGCCCGGCACACAAAUUCAAACGGGACAAGUCGAAUCCCAAUUGCAUCCCCAAAUUGGGAUGCCCAUAUUAGGAGACCACAAUAACGACAACAACCACAUGGAGGAGGAUCCUGACAAGCGACCACCAGCACCGGCGGCCAUGGUGUAAGGAAUGAUCCGUUCGAUGGCGGACAAGCGAAACAACAAAUUAUGUGCGGAAAACAGAUGGGGUCGGCUAGCAACAAAAAAAGAGAGCUGGCUGUUUACGACUCGCAACGAGGGUUGCUGCAAAGGGAUGGCGACGGUGGCGUGCAGACAGGUCUACCGUACCGUACAAUCAACUAACUAUACUACGUGAAUCUUACAAACUUACCGGACAACUACAAGCUAGUUAUGAUAAAGCAUGUUUUGAUACUC